ACACACACACACACACAUUCCGAUUACUAUUUGAUUCAUUCAUUCAGCAUCUGUCUCACACUAAUAAAAAAACCGAAAUUAAACGUUACACACCUGAUUACCUUCUUACUACUGAUCACCAAUUCCAAUCUCCUAAUUAUGGAUUAAUCAUCAUCUUUUAUUCACAGAAGAUCAGAUCUUCAUUUUGUUUUCACCCAAUCCUAAAACCCUAUUCCAUCUUAAACGACACCGUUUUAGCCCCAAUUUUUUGUUUUUUAAUCUAUUCUAAUAAUAAUUUAGCUUUCUAAUUAAUGUUUCUAUUUUAGAUUUUUAUUUCAGCUGUUAAAACUAAGUAACAGUUUAAUAAUAAUAAUUAUUAUUAUUAUUAUCCGAUGGUCGUCUGCAAGUGCCGUAAGGCGACUAAAUUGUACUGCUUUGUACACAAGGUACCUGUUUGCGGAGAAUGCAUAUGUUUUCCGGAACAUCAAAUUUGUGUGGUUCGUACAUACUCAGAGUGGGUAAUUGAUGGGGAGUAUGAUUGGCCUACAAAGUGUUGCCAUUGUCAAGUAGUGCUUGAAGAAGGCGGUGAUACUCAAACGACACGCCUGGGUUGCUUGCAUGUUAUACACACAAAUUGCUUAGUUUCACAUAUUAAAAGUUAUCCUCCCCAUACCGCUCCAGCUGGAUAUGUUUGUCCAGCAUGUUCAACUUCGAUAUGGCCUCCUAAAAGUGUUAAAGACUCGGGAUCACGUUUACAUUCACAGUUGAAGGAAGCGAUUGUUCAGACUGGAAUUGAGAAGAGUGUGUUUGGAAAUAAUCCAGUUUCAUUGGCUGCCAUGCCAACUUCUUCGGAGCCUUCUGGAACAAAAGAUGAUACAGUAAAUGGUUCUGCUAGACCUUCAAGCAUAGAUAUUGUGGAGAUAGAUGCUCCUAAUUCAGCAAAUCAUCUGAGAAGCCCACCUUCUGGUGUUCCUGGCGCUACCACAAGAAAGAGCACAUUACAAGUUGAGAGGCAAAACUCUGAGGUUUCAUAUUAUGCAGAUGAUGAAGAUGCUAACCGCAAGAAGUACUCGAGGAGAGGAAGUUUUCGCAACCAGUUUUUAAGGAAGUUGCUACCUUUCUGGUCAAGUGCAUUGCCGACUUUACCAGUUACAGCCCCCCCUAGAAAAGAUGCAAAUGCAGAUGAAACCCAUACCCGCCAUCAUAGACCAUCAAGAAUGGAUCCAAGGAAGAUACUUCUUGUCAUAGCAAUCAUGGCUUGUUUAGCAACAAUGGGUAUCCUGUAUUACAGAAUAGCACAACGUGGUUUUGGGGAGGAACUGCCUCAAGAGGAGCAGCAGUGAUCUCAUGAUGGUUUUAUAGAUCCGCAUUUGAUUUAAUGUUUGCGUCUCCGCAUUUCUUGAUAUAACCUGGAUCAUAGUGUUCAUGAAAUGGAAGGAUUGAAUAUUAUGUUGAUGCUUACUUUUGUCAAAUUAUAAAAAUACCUGCGUUUGUUAAAGAAAGUUUGUUUUUUA